AUGAAGGCCUUAGAAUAUGUAAUACUAUUAUGUGCAGCAUUUCCAAUCUUUAGUUUGAUUUCAGUGUCAUGUAUCAAUUCAUCCUCAGUUGAAUACAAUUUUCUCCAAUGCCUUUCAAAUCAUUCUCAUUCCUCAAAUCCAAUCUCUGAGGCACUUUUCACCCCCAAAAGUGCCUCUUUUUCUUCUAUUCUGCAGUCAUAUGUGAGAAAUCUCAGAUUUAUGGAUCCCAUAAUCCCGAAACCUAUGGUAAUUAUUGCAGCCAAGCACGAAUCCCAUGUUCAAGCCACAGUCAUAUGUGCCAAAACCCUUGGCUUGGAAAUUAGAAUUAGAAGUGGCGGACAUGACUAUGAAGGCGUCUCCUAUGUAUCCAGAGACGCAAAAGAUUUCAUCCUUCUUGACAUGUUUAAUCUUCGGUCCAUCAACGUCGAUUUGGCAGAUGAAAGUGCAUGGGUUCAAUCUGGGGCUAUACUUGGUGAAAUUUUUUAUGCAAUUUUUAAGAAAAGCAAGUACCAUGCCUUCCCUGCUGGGGUCUGUCCUACAAUUGGUGCUGGUGGGCAUUUCACAGGAGGUGGUUAUGGUAACAUGAUGAGAAAAUAUGGGCUUUCCUCUGAUAACAUUGUUGAUGCAAAAAUAGUAAAUGUAAAUGGUACAAUUCUUGAUAGAAAAUCAAUGCGGGAAGAUCUAUUUUGGGCCAUUAGAGGAGGUGGUGGAUCAAGUUUUGGGGUCAUUCUUGCUUGGAAAAUCAAGCUGGUCCGGGUUCCUGCCAUGGUAACGGUGUUUGAUGUCAAAAAAACAUUGGCAGAAGGUGCAACAGACAUUCUUGUGAAAUGGCAACAAGUUGCUGAUAAGCUAGAUAAUGAUCUCUUCAUAAGAGCCGUUCAUAAACCAGUCAAUCGAACAAUUGAGGUUUCUUUUGUUUCCUUGUUUUUGGGGAGCUCCGAUAGACUUUUGAAGCUGAUGAGCCAAAGCCUUCCUCAAUUGGGUUUGCAGAAAAAAGAUUGCAUAGAGAUGAGUUGGAUUCAAUCGGUUUUGUUUUGGGCUGACUACAGAAAUGGAACCACUCCUCCAGAUGUUCUGCUCAACAGGUUCCCCAGCUCGGGAAAAGUGUUCUUGAAGCGCAAAUCCGAUUACGUGAAAGAACCAAUUUCAAAGACGGAUUUGGAAGCCUUGUGGAAGGUGAUGAUUGAGAUUGGAGAAGUUAUGAUGCUGUGGAAUCCUUAUGGAGGAAAAAUGAGUGAGAUUCCUGAGACAGCUACUCCAUUUCCUCAUAGAGCAGGCAACCUAUUCAAGAUUCAGUAUUCAGUUAACUGGAAGGAGGAAAGGGUUGAGGCCACCAAAAAGUACUUGCGUUUGAUGAGAAAACUUUUUGAAGCAAUGACUCCUCAUGUGUCCAAGAAUCCAAGGGAGGCUUUUUACAACUAUCGUGACCUUGACGUUGGUACGAAUUUAAAAGGUGCAUACACUGAAGCAAAAGUGUAUGGAACUAAGUACUUCAAGGGUAAUUUUGAAAGAUUAGUGCGUAUUAAGACAGCGGUGGAUCCUGACAAUUUUUUCAGAAAUGAACAAAGUAUUCCAACUAAUAAAUCUAUGGAACUAUGAAAGAGAAGCAGUGGAGCUGUUUUUGGUAUUUUGCAGAUAUAGAAAUCAAAGAUGAAGAUUUUGUUGAGAUUAGAGAAACUACGACAUAGAGAACG